UCUGAAUCACAAACACAAACCAACCCAGAUCUUCCAAUCACAGAAACAAAAACAACCCAGAAAAAUCAAAAUUCUUUGAGAUACAUACCAUGGGAUUCCGUUUGAUAAACAGCCCAAGGAAAUCGUCGUCGACUGUUCCAAAGGGGUUUUUCGCAGUCUACGUUGGAGAAACCCAGAAGAGACGACAUGUGAUUCCGAUAUCUUUCUUGAAGCAUCCGUCGUUUCAAGAUCUGUUGAGUAAAGCCGAAGAAGAGUUCGGAUUCGAUCAUCCAAUGGGGGGUUUGACGAUCCCUUGCAACGAAGAUGUGUUCUUCGAAGUCACUUCUCGCUUGGCGAAUUCUUGAAGACGAGAAACGCCCAAUAAGAAUAGAUAGAACAUAAAGCCACAAUUUUGUACAGUAGAAAUUCGAUUUGUUUCCUUCCUCGUUCUCUUUGAGGAUGAUUUGCGAAAGGGAAUUUGUAGAUUUGUUUGAAAUGGGCAAUUUAUACAACUCAAUGAUUCGUCCUUCUGAUCA